AAAAAGCGCUCGUAAUUAGCAUGUUCCAACUAGUUGUAAAAUUGAUGCUGACUUGGGCGUUUGUGUAAAGCUCUAUAGGUUGCUGCAUCUCAUUGGCAAUAAAAAUACAUAUUGACAAAGAUCAAAUAGGACUAAAGGUUUAUUUACACUGUGCUUGUGAUCAUGCUAAGAGUUGAAGGUAUUGAUUUACGCCAACGUAGACGCGAUUUAAGUGGCGUAUUAUUCAACAACAAUAACAACAAUGCAUGGCCCGAUAUGGACGAUGAGCAGCAGGAAACAACAACGACGCUGACAAAGAUAAAUUUAGACCAACACAUUAACAACAAAACUGUGCCCCAAAUGACGACACAACAGUCCACGGAUGCGGAAAUGCGAGCCUUGUUGCAGGCCAAGCGUACCGGCUUUAAUCGCCGCAGUUUGAGCGAAAGUUCGGCCGAGGAUUUAUGCCGGGAAACACAAAACAGCAGCCAGAAAAAUAUGUGUCGCAGCGAGUUGCCUGUGAAUCCACAAAAGUGUGGAGUACAGCCUGAAGAAGGCAAAGUCAUCGGUGCCCACAAUAGGCAGACAAUCAGCAAUGUAAUCGACAUAAUCGUACGCCUUAUCAUUGUCGUGAUUUUUAUCAAACUGGAGACAACGCCUGCGUUCAAACGUGAAAUACACGCCGAAGAACUUUGGUUGUAUAAAAAUCCACGCCGUCCAGAUAUUGUUACGCCUGCAGAGCUGCUGAUUGGAGUCAUACUAGGACCCUUUUUCCUAACCUGUAUAUUUUAUAUAUUCACUAAGGAUAAGCGAGAUUUUCGCGCUGCCAGUUGGGCAUGGACAUUGGCAUUGUGUAUGAAUGCUGUUCCAACAAGUUUGUUAAAGAUAACCGUGGGAAGGCCACGUCCCGACUUUUAUUAUCGAUGUUUUCCCGAUGGUGUAAUGGUAUUCAAUGAAAAUUCGACCGCCUUGGACAGCACGUUUCUUGAUUUUAAUUGCACUGGUCGUCCAAGCGAUGUCAACGAGGGACGAAAGAGCUUUCCCAGUGGUCAUUCAUCGUUUGCUUUUGCCAGCUUUGGAUUUAUUGCAUAUUAUGUGGGUUCCAAGUUGCACGCAUUUGAUGCCCGAGGCCGUGGCCAGACGUGGCGUUUUAUGAUUUCAAUUACACCGCUUGUUGUGGCCGCCAUGGUGGCAGUCAGUCGAACUUGUGACUAUCAUCAUCAUUGGCAAGAUGUAACGAUUGGCGCUUUAAUUGGAAUAGUCACCGGGUAUAUCUCGUAUAGACAAUACUAUCCUUCAAUAUUUGCGCGCGACUGUCAUCGGCCAUUGGAUCGAUGGCCGGCACGCAAAAGAGUGUUAUACGAGCGAUUGGAGUCAGACUUAGAUGCGACUGGCGAAAGGAGCACUGAACAGCGUCCUUUGCUGGGCAAAGAGCAGACCAAAUGGUACUGAGAUAGUUAAAGUUUUAUGUAUUAACCAAUCGCUUGAUUGUAAAGUAUUGAAUUAUUUCUUCACGAUUAGUCAAAACUGUAUUCCUUAUUGUAAAUACAUAAAAUGUGGGUUAAACGCGCAGCUGCGCUGUGUUGUUGUGGUAGUAAAUUAAUUCUUAAAUACAUAUGUAACGUAGUGGCAUGUAGUGUGUGUAACAGAGGCAAAAGCUUUUACUUUGGCGCAUUAAAAAUUGUCAACAGAAAGAAAACAAAUAAUAUUAAAUGGUUUUAAAAUUUAA